ACAAACAUGGUAAAUAUGUAUGCUGCAGAAACAAAGCGGCCGUGUGAAAAAUACUUCACAAAAAAAGAUUGUAAUUCUGAUGGCUUAAUACAUUGGGAACUAUUACCGAAACAGAUACUUAUAAAGAUAUUUGAUUAUCUGCAACAGAAUGACCUCAUACGCGUGGCGACUGUGUGUCAAUCUUGGCGGUAUGUGGUUAACCACACCCCUCAGUUUUGGAGGAAGAUACAUCUGAGGUUGUCUUGCUAAAACAAACCGAUGUACCGUAGAAAAGCUUGCUGGCUUGCUAAAACGAGGGGAAGGUACUUUCAGGAAGUGUAUGUUUCCUGCAAUCACAAACAUGACGGUAUGCAUUGCAAAGAUGUAAGAUACGAGUUUCGUGAAUUGUUGUCGAGCUUACCAAACAAACUGAAUCUGACCAAGUUGAAAAUUACCGACCUACUGCUAGAAAGCCCGCUGUGUUUCGUCAUAAUAAUAAUCCGUGUUUUGAUGACGCGCUUACUGUCCAGACAAAAUCGGUUAGAAUAUUUCCAAAUGUCGUCUGCGAACUGGCCAGUCCAUGAAGGCAACAACGUCCUCUAUGUUCUCUUCAGUGUGGCUAGAGGAACUCUACAGUCCCUGCUCAUCGACGGAUUCUAUGAGGAGAUUUCGUUUGACUAUGGACCGGAAGUGUUCAAUAAUUUCUUCUCCGGAAUCCUUUCUCUCAGCCGCUUGACGAAGCUGGGCAUCGACUACGUAUUCCUGAGUGAUUUUUUUCUAGCAAAUCUUUCUAGGACAUUCGCAGUACAGCUGAAGGUACUGAAAGUCACAACAAGCCAAGUGGAUCGCAAGACCAGCAUCUUAUCCAGGAGCUCUUGGGUUACAUUGACCAAGGCAUGCCCUGCGUUGAAAGUGGCGUUUACCAUUAACGGUGUGUGCUCCCUAUUCAAGACGGUCCGCAAGUUGAGUCCUGUCGUACCCGUCUAUAAGCUCCGGCUGUCGCUCAGGUCAGGACCCAACAGCCCGGAUGUUGGGAGUUUCAGCAUUGCGGCUCUAUUGGGACACGUCACCAUGAGCUACAGGCACACGUUGGUAAAGUUUGAGGUUGACAUUGGAAGAAAAAGUGGCUUUAUCGACCUAGCGUUCUUGAUGCUUGUCAAGAAAUGUCAACACCUGGUUUAUGUGAAGACCCCGAAACAGUUCAGUCAUCCGGAGUCGGAGCGGGUUGUCAGGAAUUUGAUUCAACAGAGACGGCGAAAGCUCAACAUGCGGUUACCCGGAGAUGUAGUCAACAAACGAGUAAAAAUAAACCCAGUAGACCAAGCAGGACCAAGCAGGACCAAGCAGGACCAAGCAGGACCGAGCAGGACCAAGCAGGACCAAGUAGGACCAAGCAGCACCAAGCAGGACCAAGCAGGACUGAGCACAGCUCACGCCCCAAUACCAUAGGGACUGUCUGAAGAAUGAGACCUGCACGGUUGAGAGAAUCUACAGAACGGACAGGUGGACAAUGAGAUCAGGACAAACAUCAUUACAUCUUUCUCGUUGAAAACGGACAUUUUUAUCUUUAUUAAAUUACCAAAACACUGUUUUAAAAAUUACAUGUCUAAACUGAAAUAUCAUUUAUUAUAAAACUUACAAUACAUAAAUAGACAAAUGGACACUUUUUCAUGUUUGAUAAAAUACCAAUGCAAUUUUAAAAUUCCCAUGUCAUUCAAUAUUAAAAUAGUAGGAUAAAUAUUAAACAUGCAACAAAAAUAAAAACUAAUCUCAUCCAACAAAACAUGUUUAGUUCUGACAGGGCUGACUCUAUUAGACCAAUAACAAUAUCUGUAGAUUUUUUUUUAGUUUUUUUUUUAGCGAUUGAAGCACCUUCCAUGAUGUUUAACCUUGUGUUUAUGUUUGCGAAAAGUAAAAAGAUGUGUUGAAUUAUAACACAGAGUAUAUCUAAUUUUUGUAUUGUGACAUACGUGUUAUGAAAAUUGUGUAUUCAUUAAUUCUAGUAAAGCAAUUGAUUUUGUGCGUGCAAGGAUAUCAUGGGAAUUUGAUUUUAUAAUUGUUUAUAAUAAACGUAAUAAUACAUUAUUAAGAAUACUGACAGCAAAUCAUAUUUACAAAUAUAUAAA